ACAAAAAUGGAGGACCAGGUUGGAGAAGUGAGAAAAGAGCACCAAUUUGACAAAACUAAGCUGCACAGAUAUCUCAAUCAAAACCUACUAGGGUUUCCGAAAGGUGAUGGCGAGCUACUGAUUUAUCAAUACAGAUCUGGCCAAUCCAAUCCUACUUUUAAGUUAAACAAGAAUGGUUGCUUGUUUGUACUUAGAAAGAAGCCUCCUGGAAGACUUUUGAAGGGAGCUCAUAUGGUGGAUAGGGAGUUUAGAGUGAUGUCAGCACUCUUUCAAGCCUCCUUUCCAGUACCGAAGCCUUUGUUGUAUUGUAGUGAUACCAGCGUAAUUGGAACUGAAUUUUACAUCAUGGAACAUGUUCAGGGACGUAUAUUUCGUAAUCCAUCUCUUCCUGCAGCAUCAAUCCAUGAACGACAUCAAAUACACAAUGCAAUGAUAUCAACAUUAGCUCAUCUUCACAGCAUAAAUUGGGAGAGAAUUGGACUUUCUGACUUUGGCCACCAUAGCAAGUACUUACAAAGACAGACAUCGACGUGGAGUAAGCAAUAUGAUGCUUCAGCUACAGCCAACAUACCAAGCAUGGAGAAGUUAAAAAACUGGUUACAUUCCAAUAUCCCUCAGGAUACAUUUAAGACAGUGAUUGUUCAUGGUGACUUUCGCCUGGAUAACAUCAUUUUCCAUCCAACUAAAUUUGAAGUUAUUGCAGUCCUUGACUGGGAAUUGGCUACGCUUGGUCACCCUGUGUCUGAUCUUGCCUAUACAUGUCUGCCUUAUCAUUGGCCCAAACAGAUGCCCUUUCAGGAAAUGUCUUUAAAUGGUGUUACAGGAAUCCCAUCUGAAGCAGACUGUAUUUCCAUGUACAGUAAUAAUGCUGGCCUCAUAAUUACUAAAGAUGUUUGGACUUUCUGCCUUGCUUUAAACUUCUUCAAGUAUGCAUCAAUAGCACAGGGGGUAUAUAAGCGCUCACUUCAGGGCAAUGCAAGUGCACCAAAUGCCUCGAUAUUUGGCAAGGUUGUGGAGCCAUUAUCAAAAGCUUCCUUCAAAAUAAUAGAAGACAACAGGUCUACUGAUGCUGAUGACUUACAAAUACCGCCAGAGUUUAACAUGCUUCACAUAUCUUCAAAAGCCAGGCACAUGUAUGUCAAAAUGAAGAAAUUCAUAGACGAUUACAUUUUACCAGCAGAAAAAAUUUUUUUAGAACAUUCAUCUAACCUGUCGACACAGUGGACCAUUCACCCCUAUCUUGAAGAACUUAAGGAAAAGGCUCAAAAACUUGGUCUUUGGAACCUCUUUUUACCUGCACAAUCGGGCUUAUCACAGCUGGAUUAUGCAUUAUUAGCUGAACUUUCUGGCAGAUCACCUUACGCUCCUGAAGUAUUCAACUGCAGUGCACCAGAUACUGGAAACAUGGAGGUUCUUCACUUGUAUGGUUCCCCUGAGCAGAAGACCAUGUGGCUUGAACCGCUACUACAGGGAAAAAUACGGUCAGCCUUUUGCAUGACUGAACCUGGUGUUGCGUCAUCAGAUGCCACAAACAUGGAAUGUGAGAUAAGAAAGGAAGGAAAAUAUUACGUUAUUAAUGGACGAAAAUGGUGGAGCAGUGGUGCUGGAGAUCCAAGAUGUAAAAUAGCCAUUGUCAUGGGUGGAUCUAGGGAUAAAGACUUACCACGACACAGAAGACACUCGAUGGUUCUUGUUCCUCUUGAUACUCCUGGCGUAACGAAAAUCAGACCGCUUCAGAUAUUUGGCUAUAACGAUGCUCCUCAUGGUCACUUAGAGAUUGUUUUUGAUAAUGUUCGAGUCCCUGCAAGUAACAUGAUCCUUGGGGAGGGUCGUGGUUUUGAGAUUGCGCAAGGUCGUCUUGGUCCGGGACGGUUGCAUCACUGUAUGCGGUCCAUUGGAUUGGCUGAACGUGCUCUCGAGCUUCUUUGUGAGCGAGCAUUGGACAGGGUUGCAUUUGGUAAAAGACUUGCAGAAAAGGGAAUUGUGCAGGAACAAAUCAGUUUAUCAAGGAUGGAAAUCGACCAAGCACGCUUGCUGGUGCUCAAAGCCGCUUACAUGUUAGAUACAAUGGGUAACAAGGCUGCUAGAAAAGAGAUCGCCAUGGCCAAGGUAGUAGUUGCCCGAAUGGCUUGCCGGGUAAUUGAUCGUGCGAUUCAGGUGCAUGGUGGGAAGGGAGUUUCACAGGAUUCACCGCUGCCCUACUUUUAUGCGUUGGCACGUUCGUUACGAAUUGCUGAUGGACCGGACGAAGUGCAUAUGGAAGCUGUGGCGAAAAUGGAGUUAAAACAACACCUGAAGUCUAGAAUGUGACUUGGAAAUGUUUUAUCUUUAAAAUGAUUUUGAUUUUAUUUUAAACGAAGAAAAUUAUUGAUUUAAAUCUUUUAAAAAAGCACAGGGAUCCCAUGAAAAUUUGUUCAAAUUUCGAAAAUAAAUUAAAUUGAAGUUUUUUAGCAUUUAUUUAAGCCCUUUGCACUUUGUUUCAUGGCAGAGAUGGUCAGUAGUGAAAAUUAUGGAUAAUAAGCCAUUUCAUAGUUUAAGAAUCGUUUUCAGUGCGCAUGCGAUUAUUUCUACCUAAAUUUCUCACUUUUUAAAAGGAUAGAAAUUCAAAAAAAUAAAAAUUUGCGGAUGCAAAAAUUUGCGGAUACGUGUGGACGGGGCCUAAGAAAAAGAAAAGGUAUAAACGAGAGAAGAUGAGAAAUUCACGAUAAAUUCGCACUAAAAACGAUUCUUAAACUAUGAACUGGCUUAUUAUACAACCAUGAUAAAAAUUUCUUCUCAUUUUUAUUCUCGUUCCUGAGCCUGCGCCAUUGCCAGCCAGCGCGGGUUGUCUUCCACUUUGAUCUGGGAACGAGAACAGUCUCAUUUUCUAAAUUUUGACACAAUACUAUAUUUGGGCUUCUCUUUUACUCCGACGAAGGACUAGCGUCCGAAACGUCAGUAAGUUUUUUCAUCUUUUUCACGGUGUAUAAUUUACCUUUUCAUCAUUACUGUUAUAUUUGGGCUUCCUGUGUUUGAGGGUUCAGUUUAUAUAGCCCAUAGAUAGGAAAAUUUGAUUUUAAUCAUUCGAUCCAUGGCAUGAUUUAACAAGAGGACUGAGAUCAAGCGUCAAAAAAGUAUAUCCAUUCUAUAAUAUAUAUUUGUGUAGUAAGAAAAACAGAGAGAAAUAUACUCCAGACUAUCCCAUUA